CACACAUUAAUACUUUUCAAAUUAUACAAAACCCCUAUAUAUAUAUAUUUAUUUGUUUAUUUGUUUUAUAUUUUUUAUUUUGAUUUGUGUUUAUUUUAAAAAUAAUAAUAUACUUUAGUUAAUCAAUAAUCACAAGAUUUAAACAAAAAAUAUAUAGAUCAUAAAGAUAGAGAUUGAUUUUAUCGACAAUAGUAAUAACAAUAAUAGAUAAAAUAAUAACUUUUGUUUAUUUAAAAGAAAUUUUAUAAAAAAAAACAAAAAAAAAAAACAAAAAAAAAAAUGAUAAUUGUGAAAUUUUUAUCAAUAAUAUUUAUAUUAUUAAAUAUAUUUAUUUUUGAAAAUGUACAAUCACAAACUAUUACAAAUUUUGUUAGUAACCCAGAUAUAUCACAACUACAAUAUGAUCAAUCCUAUUUAAGAGUUAUAUCAAAUGUUCCACAAGAAAUUAGUCCAAAUACCACCCUUCAUUUUGAAUAUGUUUAUGAUGCUUGUGUAUCAUGUAGCUAUCAACUAUUGGUCGAAUUAAACUCCACAAAUACAAAUUAUUUUAUUAUGCCAAGUACAUUUGGUUAUAAAUUUAAUGUAUCCAUUCUAAACAAUGGAGUUAAUACAAGAUUUAUGUAUUUAUCUUUUUAUCAAAAAUUUAAUGAAUAUGGCGUUUAUGAUUUAAGUGUUAAUAUUUCAUCAGUAAAUAAAACAACAAAAUUAUUUCAUUCCGUAAAUAUUUUAUCAAAAGAAUAUAACCCAAACAUACCAAUUGCAGUAAUGUUUUCAAUAUUAACCGCUAUGGCAAUAGUUUGGCCAAUGAUAUUAUACCUCUAUAAGAGAUCAAAGAGAGAUUCUUUAGAAUAUCAAUUAAUAUCAAGUGUGGAAAGAGAAAAUAAUAAGAAAAAGGAUAGAUUAAAAUCAUUGGAUGUUUUUAGAGGGUUUUCAAUUACAAUUAUGAUUUUUGUAAACUAUGGCGGCGGUGGAUAUUGGUUUUUCAAUCAUAGCUAUUGGAAUGGUUUAACUGUUGCUGAUUUGGUAUUCCCAUGGUUCGUUUUUAUUAUGGGCAUUGCAAUGCCAUUAUCUUUUAAUGCUAUGGAAAGACGUGGAACCACCAAACUAGUUAUCGUUCAAAAGCUAGUUCGUAGAUCAGCUAUACUGUUUGCCUUAGGUUUGUUUAUCAAUAAUGGUGUCAAUUUACAACAUUGGAGAAUUUUAGGUGUUUUACAACGUUUUGCAAUUUCUUAUUUAAUUGUUGGUCUUAUAAUGCUUUUUGUACCACUCUGGAGAUUUAGACCAUCACCAUCAGAUAUAAAUUUAAAUAUAGAUCAACAACAGCAUGUCAUUGCACCACUAGAUUUCAAUAUUGACCCAGCCCAACAACAAUCAAUAAAUAACAAUAAUAAUAAUAAUAAUAAUAACAAUAGUAGUGAUAAAAUAUAUAGCGGUAAAAACAAUAGUUUUAUUAAUAAUUAUUUAGCUGAUUUGGCACCAUAUUGGAUACAAUGGCUUGUUGCAUUGCUAUUGCUUGCUGGUUGGUUUUUAUUAAUGUUUUUAGUUCCAGUACCAGGAUGUCCAAAAGGCUAUUUAGGUCCAGGUGGAAUUGGUGAUAAUUCAUUAUACCCAAAUUGUACUGGUGGAGCUGCUCGUUUAAUCGAUAUGAAGAUCUUUACAAACAACCACAUAUUCCAAUCUCCAACAUGUCAAGAUAUCUAUAAAACAUCAUCAUAUGAUCCAGAGGGUACAGUUGGCUACUUAACUUCAAUUUUCAUAUGCUUCAUUGGUGUUCAAGCUGGAAGAAUUAUUUUAAUUUACAAAUCAAAUAGAUCACGUUUAAUUCGUUGGAUGGUUUGGUCUGCUGUCUGCUGUGGUAUAGCAGCUGGCCUCUGCGGUCUUUCCCAAAAUGAUGGUGUUAUCCCUAUAAAUAAAAAUCUAUGGUCUCCAUCAUUUGUCUUCUUAAUGGCUGGUUUUGGUUUCUUUGUGCUCACAAUCAUGUUUAUAGUCAUAGAUAUUAAAAAAAUUUGGAACGGUUCCCCAUUCAUCUAUGUAGGUAUGAACCCUAUUACAAUUUACUGUGGCCAUGAAAUUUUAGGUGGUUAUUUCCCAUUCUCUUUCAGCGUCGAAUAUCAAACCCACUCUCUAUAUUUACUUUCAAAUUGUAUUGGUGUAGGUUGUUGGCUAUUAAUUGCUUAUCUAAUGUUUUUAAAUAAAGUAUUUAUUAAUAUUUAAUAAAUAUACAAAAUAAAUAAAUAAAAAAUUAAUAAAUUUAUGAAUAUAAAAAUAUAAUUCCAAAUGUUGAUGCCCUAUUCCAAAAUAUAUUUUUAUACUAAAAAAUUGAUGGAAUUUUGGACAAUGAAUAAAU